AUGGCGACUGCAGUGGGUGGGGUGCGGGCGAUGAGGAGCAAGAGGCUGAUGGCAGCCUGGAGAAGUCAUACUUUAAAGAGAGCCCAUGAAUGUAAUGAGUAUGGAAAAGUCUUUAGUCAGGGAUCAAAUCUUACCAUUCACCAAAGAAUUCAUACGGGAAAGAAACCCUAUAUAUGUGAUGAAUGUGGGAAAGGUUUUAAUCAGAGCUCUAAUCUCUGUAGACAUCAGAGAAUUCAUAGCGGGGAGAAUCCCUAUGAAUGUCGUGAAUGUGGAAGAGCCUUUGGGGGGACCUUCAAUCAGAGCUCAGAUGUCAUUAUACACCAUCGAAUUCACACUGGAGAGAAACCCUACAAAUAUAAUAAAUGUGGGAAAGCCUUUAGUCAGAGUUCACACCUUGUUACACACACGAGAAUUCAUACUGGGGAGAAACCCUAUGAAUGUAAUGAAUGUGGAAAAACAUACAGACAGAGUUCACUCCUUAUUCAACACCAGAGGAUCCACAAUGGAGAGAAACCUUAUAGAUGUCACAAAUGUGGAAAAGCCUUCAGUGGGCACACAGUCUUUCUUAAGCAUCAGAGACUUCAUGCUAAACUUUAUGAAUGUAAUGAGUGUGGGAAAGCCUUCCGGUGUAGCUCAGAUCUGAUUAGACAUCAGAUAACUCACACUGGUGAGAAACCCUAUGAAUAUAAUGAAUGUGGCGAAGCUUUCAGUCAGAACUCAAUCCUUAUAAAACAUCAGAGAAAUCACACGGGAGAAAAGCCUUAUAAAUGUAGUGAAUGUGGGAAAGCAUUUAGGAGGAGCUCACAACUUAUUCAGCAUCAGAGAAUUCAUAGUAGAAAGAAGCCCUAUGAAUGCAAUGAAUGUGGAAAAACAUUUAAUCAAAGUUCAGAUCUUAAUAGACAUAGAAUUCAUAGUGGAGAAAAACCCUAUGAAUGUAAUGAAUGUGGGAAAGCCUUCAGGUGGAGCUCAGAUCUUGGUAGGCAUCAGAAAAAUUCAUAUUGGAAAGAACAUUAG